CUGAGCCCGGCGGAUCCCGGCUGAGCCCCGCGAGCGCACGGAGCCCCGAGGCCUCGGCUGCCUCCUAAACUUUUCAAAGUCGGCCCGCGGCUCGGCCGGCCUGGGCUCCGAGCUCGGCCGGGAGGACUCCAGGGACCGAGAGGAGGACCCGGAGGAUCAGGAGGAGGACCCAGAGGAGGAGGGGCCGCCGCAUCAAAGACACCGGCUUCCCGCGGCCCGGGGGCGAGCCAUGCGCGGCGGUCGGUAAUGUCAGCGGAACAGGACAAGGAGCCCAUCGCGCUGAAGAGAGUUAGAGGUGGUGACAGUGGACUGGAUGGGUUAGGAGGGCCCAAUAUACAACUAGGAAGCCCAGAUAAGAAAAAACGCAAGGCCAACACACAGGGGUCUUCCUUUCCUCCGCUGUCAGAGUACGCGCCACCACCGAAUCCAAACUCCGACCAUCUAGUGGCUGCCAAUCCGUUCGAUGACAGCUACAACACCAUUUCCUAUAAACCACUGCCUUCAUCUAAUCCAUAUCUUGGCCCUGGGUAUCCUGGCUUUGGAGGCUACAGCACGUUCAGAAUGCCACCCCACGUCCCUCCAAGAAUGUCUUCUCCCUACUGUGGUCCUUACUCACUCAGGAAUCAGCCACACCCAUUUCCUCAGAAUCCUUUGGGCAUGGGCUUUAACCGGCCUCAUGCUUUUAACUUUGGGCCACAUGAUAAUUCGAAUUUUGGAAACCCACCUUAUAAUAAUGUACUGACUCAGGACAUUAACAUGCCCGGUCAGCAUUUUAGACAAGGCUCUGCUGAAAACUUCAGUCAGAUUCCCCCGCAGAAUGUUGGCCAAGUAUCUAACCCUGACCUGGCAUCUAAUUUUGCUCCUGGGAAUAAUUCAAACUUUACCUCUCCGUUAGAAUCGAAUCAUUCGUUUAUUCCACCCCCAAACGCGUUUGGCCAAGCAAAAGCUCCACUUCCCAAACAAGACUUCACUCAAGGGGCAACCAAAACCCCGAGUCAGAACUCGUCCACUCACCCACCUCACCUAAAUAUGGAGGAUCCAGGCAAUCAGAGUAACGUCGAGUUAAAAAAUGUCAACAGAAACAACGUUGUCCAAGAGAACAGCCGUUCGGGCAGCGCAGAGGCCACCAACAACCAUGCGAAUGGGACCCAGAACAAGCCCCGGCAGCCCAGGGGCGCGGCUGACCUGUGCACCACCGACAAAAGCCGCAAGUUCUCCCUGCUCCCCAGCCGGCAUGGCCAUUCCUCCUCUGACCCUGUGUACCCGUGCGGGAUUUGUACAAAUGAAGUGAAUGACGAUCAGGACGCCAUUCUGUGUGAAGCCUCUUGUCAGAAGUGGUUUCAUCGCAUCUGCACUGGAAUGACCGAAACAGCCUACGGGCUCCUGACAGCGGAAGCAUCCGCAGUGUGGGGCUGUGACACGUGCAUGGCUGACAAGGAUGUCCAGCUCAUGCGCACUAGAGAGGCCUUUGGUCCACCUGCCGUGGGCGGCGAUGCCUAAGUACGGCUGUCGGCUAACGUGGGUUCAUUGUUCUGUGUAGAACAGAGAUUUGGUGACAUAGGAUUUUAAUGUUUGACAUUAUUUUUUUAAAGGCACACACAAAAAUAUUACAUUUUAGUUCUUACUAACAAUGCUUCAUUUUAUUGUUUUUUGUUUGUUGUCUUAAAAUGAGAUUAAUGUGGGGGGUAGAGACAUUUACAAAUAAAUGUUCAUUGUUAUUUAUCAUAAACACAAAAGCCUCUUGAAGCUUCAAAAUAAUAUAUGACAAAAAUAGGCAGGUUGUAACUUUUAAAAGUUAGAGUCAUUGAAAAAAAAUGUAUAUUUCAGCGUUAAACUUUGACCGUGUGAACGUACAUAUUUGGUUCAAGAGUAGACCAAUUUAACAUGUUCUCUGAAUACAAUCUGUGUGGGGAUAACAUAGGGGGAUAUGUAUCUUUAAUAGAUUUUAAAUGGCUUUUUUUUUUUUACUUUAUUGUUAGAAUUUGACACCUGAUUCUUCCUCUUCUAGGGUCUUUGAAAUAUGUGAAUUUCAUUGUGUCAAAUCAGUCUUUCCAGGAUAUCUAUGUAGUUACAAGACAGACACUGGUCAUAGCAUAGAGUCUAUUCCAAGCAGUAGUUGCUAAUUAACUGGUGGGUUGUGCCACAUGAAAUUGCUAAUAUCAGCUCACUGGUUUUAGUAAAGUUGGCAUAACACGUUUCCACAUGUGUCGUUUAGAAUUAUGCUGGCAUUGUGUUCUCUAUUUUUAAAUUAUUCUUGUUUCUGUUAAUGUUUUCCACAUAAUAAUGCAGAGUGCUCAGACUCGUGAACACUUUCUUCCACACACGGCUAAACUGGGACAGUCUGCAAAGAGAGGGGCAGGAGUGGCCAUGGGGUCUUACAGGGCUCCGCUGCUCUGAGAACUAAGCACUGGUGGUUGGAGGAAUGUUCUGGAGAUCUGAGCCUGUAAGAUGAACCUCAGGGAAGUUCAAAAUCCACUUAAAGUAAAGGCCCGUGAAGAGGCAAGGCCAACGCUUCCUUGGGGCUGUGCUUCAGGCUUAGUGGUUUCUGGUGUAACUGGGGAUGGUGUGAGAAGGCACCUGAGAGGACCUGACCUCCAGAGGGAUGCUCUAAGAUCCUCCAAAAUGGCACACAGAUAUUUUAGGAAAGGAUCAUAACCUGUGACUUUAAUAAACAAAUGGUGUAUAGGACAGUAGGUAGCAAUUUAGACAACAGUGGGGUAUCCCUAAUAAUGCUUUGAUAUUCAUUAUCAGUGUGACCAUAAAAAGUUCUGAAUGUGGGGCUGGUAGCCUGGCACUGUAUACAAGAGCCCUUGCUGCUCUUGCAAAGGACCUGGAUUCAGUUCCCUGAAGCCACAGUGGUCAAUGUACAACCACCUGUAUCUCCAGUUCCAGGGAAUCUGAUGCCCUCUUCUGGCCUUUAUAGGCACUGCACACACAA